UACAGGCCCCAUGUCGUUUCAGCCUGAAAGACUGAAAAACGAGAGCCUGCAGGCCCUAUGUCUGCCACGUCAGCAACAGUGCCAUGUGAGCCGUGCCACGUUAGCAACAGUGUCACAUCAGCAGUGCCACGUCAGCAUUGCCAUGUCAGCAGUGCCACAUCAGCAACAGCGCCACGUCAGCAGUGCCACGUCAGCAACAGUGCCACGUCAGCAGUACACGUCAGCAGUGCCACGUCAGCAACAGUGCCACGUCAGCAGUACCACGUCAGCAGUGCCACAGUGCUGCGUCAGCAGUGCCCCACCACCAUGACGGGCUCAGUUAUGGGCAUGCCAGGCCAACUGGCCAAUGAGUCCAUUGCCGAGUACCGGCAGCGUUUCGAAGCUCAGCUCGCACUGAUCGAGGCUGAGGAACAGCGUCAGGCGGCAGCCGAGGAUGCCCGCCUACAAGCUGAAGCGGCGGCAACAGUUGAGAAGCAGCGGAUUCAAGCCGAAGCCGAAGCAGAUACCCAGGCACGCCGCAAUGAGGCCCUGGAUCUGUUACAGCGGCAUGAAGCCACCAGCAUCGAAAAGCUCAAGUUUUGGCAUUUUGAACCAUCUGAGCAGCACGACGACGCGACACCGGAAGAGCAGCACAAGGAGUUCUUGGCCAAACUCGUGACCCAGUUGGUUUACACUUGUAACCACCUGCAGUCCGAGAUGGCGAAUCUCCGAAGGGCGGUACAGAACCACAAGGGUCUGCACGAGGAUGCUACACGGGCACUCGAUUCCCGUGUACAGGACUUGGAGCAAGUAGCACCAAGACCAGAUGCUGGCGCGACCAGCAAUGCACCCUCUACCCGCCAAUUGGAAGAACGAGUUGACCACGUAGUCGCAAUGCUCGGCGACAUCAGCACCUUCGCUGCGCCGGCAACCAUCAGCAAGCAGCUGGACACCUUGAAGACCAAGGUUCAGCAACUGCACCAGCGGGCCAACAAGGAUGGCAACACCAGUGCGCAGCACUACAAGAUGCCGACAUUCCAGAUCGAGAAGUUCGAUGAUUAUACGCAUCAAGACCCGGUCCCCUGGUGGGAGGGCUUUACGACGCAACUUCGGAUUCUUUUCGUCCCCGAACACUCGUACAUCGGCGCGCUGUUCCUCAACUCAAAAGGCGGAUGCCAGAUCUGGAUCAGCCACCUGGGAACCAUUCAUGGAGUCCAGGUCGCACAUCUGAAAGAUAAGAUCUCUUGGAAAGAGUUAACACGGCUAUGGAAGAAGCGGUUCAUCGUGGACGACGCCCCGGCGCUCACCAUCAACCGCCUCUUCGCUAUGACACAAGGCAACACAUGGACACGCGACUGGCUCACGGAAUGGCAAAAGAUCGUGGCGACGCCGGAUCUCGAAUUGCCAUUUUCGCAUCUGCGCCGGGAGUUUAACAACCGGUCAUAUGCCUCUUUGAGCCUUGCACUUGGUGAUAGCGAGCAAUACGCGACCUUCGCCGAAAUCAUCGACAAGGCAAGGAAGAUCAUCAAGACCAAUAGGGCGGCUGCACACGAGAAGUCGGCAUGGCAGCCGUGGAGAAAGGGAAAUUUGGUCCGCGUCCGCAGCAUACUUGAAGAGCUCGACCCGUUGACGUUUGCAGACUUCCAAUGGAUGCCCCUUCCCUCGUCCGGUCGAUUGCCGAAACCGCAUUACAACGUGCUCAUGGCACAAUUGCGGGAUUACUUGCACACUGCAGUACCAACUCCGUUGAUGGACGCCGGAGCAGAGGUUGUCGACCUUCACGCCUACAUUGCGAAGAUCGACCGCGAGUUCAAAACACAACGCGAGGACCACCCGGUGAACUUCUACCGCCGCACCGUUCACGUUCGUGAUCGGAACGGAGUACUAAUCCCAUGCACGGUGCCUCCUCCUCACCCUUCGAUCAACUGCCACGUGGUGUCCGCCGCAAGCAUUCAAGCUUCCAUCAUCCGGGAUGACAUCGAGGAGAUGGGGGGGUGUUUUCUCCACGCCCUCCCGCCCCAAGACAUUCCAUCGACGGACUCAACACCGGACCCACGCAUCACCGAGCUUCUCGACGCCUACGGCGACGUGUUCGAAACACCACAUGGAGUAGUACCGGAUCGGCGCAUCCGCCACGAGAUCAUCCUCGAGGACGGGGUUGUACCUCCGAGUGGUUGCAUCUACCGCAUGAGCGAGGAAGAGUUAAGUGUGCUAAGGGCACAACUCGACGAUCUUCUCAAGAAAGGUUGGAUUCGGCCUAGCUCUUCGCCAUACAGUGCUCCCGUUCUCUUCGUCCGGAAGAAGAACAAGGAGCUGCAGUUGUGCAUCGAUUAUCGCAAGCUCAACGCGCAAACCAUCAAGAACGCCGGCCCUCUUCCGCGCAUCGACGACCUCCUCGAACGACUGGGCGGCGCCAAGUUCUUCUCCAAGCUUGACCUCAAAUCGGGAUAUCACCAACUCGAGAUCCGGCAGGAGGACCGCUACAAGACCGCGUUUAAGACGCGAUAUGGGCAUUUCGAAUGGCUGGUUAUGCCUUUUGGCCUUACGAAUGCCCCGGCCACAUUCCAAGCAGCUAUGACAACGGAGUUCCGACACAUGCUGGAUAGAUUCGUACUCAUCUACCUCGACGACAUCUUGGUGUACAGCCGGAGUUUGGACGAGCAUGUGGAGCACCUGCGCACCGUUUUGGAGCGGCUACAACAAGCCAAGUACAAAGCCAACCGCGACAAAUGCGAAUUCACACGCCAAGAGUUGGAGUACUUGGGACAUUAUGUGACGCCACAAGGCUGUCCGCUUGCGAACAAGAUCGAGGCCAUCCGUGUAUGGCCCGAGCCCACCAACACCACGGACGUUCAUUCAUUCAUGGGGAUUGGCGGGCUACUAUCAACGCUUCAUCACCGGGUACUCAAGGAUUGCCGCACCUAUGACGAGAUUACAAUCGCCAAAGGUGCCAUUCGUAUUCGAUGACGAUGCACGCCGGUCAUUCCAAGCACUCGAGACGACCAUGCUCAUGGCACCCGUCCUUAGCAUCUACGAC